AUGGUGAGGAAGAGCAAGGGCCGGCAAAAGAUCGAGAUGGUGAAGAUGCUAAACGACAGUAACCUCCAAGUGACCUUCUCGAAACGCCGCUCCGGCCUCUUCAAAAAAGCAAGUGAGCUUUGCACCCUCUGCGGCGCCGAGAUCGCCAUUAUCGUCUUCUCGCCCGGCAAGAAGGUCUUCUCGUUCGGCCAUCCGAGUGUGGAGACUGUUGUUGAUCGGGUCCUCACCCGAAACCCGCCUCAAAACUCUGGCACGCUUCAGAUGCUAGAGGCGCAUAGAAACGCCAGCGUUCGGGAGCUCAAUGUGCAACUCACUCAGGUGAUGAACCAACUGGAGGCCGAGAAGAAGCACGGGGAGGAACUGAACCGAAUGCAGAAAGCAAACCAUGGACAGUGCUGGUGGGAGGCACCCAUUGAAGAGCUAGGGUUGCCACAGCUUGAGCAGUUGAAGGUUUCUCUGCAGGAGCUGCAAAAGAACGUGGGAAAGCAGGCUGACAGACUUCUGAUUCAGACUUCAAAUCCUUCUACAUUUUUCGCAGCAGGAAAUUCCAAUCAAGGGCUAAAUAUUAAUCCUUUUGAGACCAAGAUUCCUUAUGAGGCAAAGAAUAUUAAUAAUAUUAAUGUCGGGUUAAGUGGGAAUGUGAUGCCACAAGCAUACAAUCUGGGAUAUGGUCGAGGGGUUUUCUGA